AUGAGUUUUAAUGAAUUACAGGAAGAGUCCAGUUUAAUAGAUUCAUAUGAAAUGUGUUAUCACUAAACAUGUAGAAUGAUUCUGAAAUAGAAGUUGAAUUGUCUACAUGUACAUAUAGCUACAUAUCAUUAGCUAGGUACUUUUGAACCAAGAAAUUUGAUAUAAAGUAAAUUAUCAUUAGGAAUACUAAAAUUGCAGUUGAUACUAAAACUUUUGUUUUGUAAACGUUAUAAAGAUGUUUUUUACGUUCAUCUUCAUCUACUUCAGAAUUAAGAAGAUCAUCAUUAUUAUCCUUGUUAGAUAUACCUGCAUCCUCAUUAGACUCUUCUUCUACAAAAUGCUAGUAUCCAUCUUUGUUGUGGUUUUUAACUUUGUUAACAACUUCUGUCUCAUUUACACCAAGUUGCAUUGUUAAUAGCGAUUUGCAUUGUUCAUAUAAUCUUGCUUAUGUAUCAACAGGAAUUUUAAGUAGUUUCUUAUAGGCUUUUUGACGCUAUUUUCCUACCUUCAUGA